UGAGCCUAGUCGCCUGCCACCCGGUGGCCACCAGCUGCGCCUCCGCGCCCUCCGGGCUCCGCCCCGUCCCACACCCCGGAACCCUGCUGCGAGCCCCGGGCGUGCGUGCGUGCGUGCUGCAAACCGGGCGAGCAGAGCUGGCGGCGGCAGGACCCUCGGGGGCGGGCGGCGAGGCAUGGCGACGCGGGCCAGCGGCUUCUUGCUGCUCCGGGGCGCCCUGGGCCGAGGAUCUCCGAGGCCCCCGGGAGUGGCCGAGCGCGCGUGGCGGGGUUUCGGGAGCAUCGCCAGGAGGACCAGCAGAGAGAAGAGACUCCAUCUUCCAGAGACAUGGAGCCAUUGUCAUCUCGGGAACUGAAAUGGCUAAACAAAUCCAAAAGGAAAUACAGCAAGGCGUGGAAUCUUGGAUUGCUCUUGGGAACAGGAGGCCCCACCUCAGUAUCAUUUUAGUGGGAGAUAACCCAGCAAGCCAUACCUACGUCAGGAAUAAGAUAAAGGCUGCUUCUGCUGUAGGUAUCUGCAGUGAACUCAUUCUAAAGCCAGAGAACAUUUCUCAAGAGGAGCUUUUGGAUAUCACUGAUCAGCUGAACAUGGACCCAAGAGUCAGUGGCAUACUAGUUCAGCUACCCCUCCCAGACCAUGUGGAUGAAAGAACAAUAUGCAAUGGAAUUGCCCCAGAAAAAGAUGUGGAUGGAUUUCAUGUUAUCAAUAUCGGAAGGCUGUGCCUUGAUCAGCAUUCGCUGAUACCUGCCACUGCUAGUGCUGUUUGGGAAAUAAUAAAAAGAGCAGGAAUUGAAACAUUUGGGAAAAAUGUGGUUGUGGCAGGAAGAUCAAAGAACGUGGGUAUGCCGAUCGCCAUGCUACUGCACACGGAUGGAGAGCAUGAGCGCCCUGGAGGCGAUGCAACUGUGACGAUAGCACACAGAUACACACCCAGGGCGCAACUAAAGGUCCACACUCAGCUGGCAGAUAUUAUCAUAGUGGCUGCAGGUAUUCCCAGGUUGAUUACGGCUGAUAUGGUCAGAGAAGGCGCAACAGUCAUUGAUGUGGGUAUCAAUUACGUCCAAGAUCCUACAACAGGAAAGACAAAACUAGUUGGAGAUGUGGACUUUGAAGCUGUUAAGAGGAAAGCCAGCUUCAUCACUCCAGUUCCAGGAGGUGUGGGACCCAUGACAGUGGCCAUGCUUCUGAAGAACACACUUCUGGCUGCCAAGAACAUCAUUUACUAGCAGAAUACACACAUCAAUAGUGCUGCUUAUUUAUUUGACAACCGCCAAAUUCUUUCUAUUUUACUACAAAGUUAUUUAUUUCUACAUUGCAUUUAUUUUUUCAUGAGUGGAAUCAUUGUGGGACUGAUUAUUUACACAACUUUGUGGAUUUCUUGCUAACUGAUUUUGAGUUUUAAGAAAAAAAAACAAAGCAAUUACAAUGAUAAUUUGGGUAACAAUUCUUAUUUUAUGGAUAUUUGUUUGUCCUGUUAAAACAAAUGAAGAAUUCAUGUUUAAUAAAUAUAUUUUUGACAUAACCUAAAUGUCAUAUACAGUAUGUUUUCAAAAACUUUUGUCAGCCAAAUGGGUGCCAUGUAAACUAUAAUUUAUUAUAGCCAUGAUUUUUUUUAAAAAAAAUAUAGUUAAUAUUCUGUUGAAAAAGAGGUCAUGUGGUAAGAGGUAGAUAGAAUAUUGAAAUGAAUUCUAAAUCUCAAAUAUCUCCCAGCAUCCCACAAGGCAAUCUUAUGGAAAAACUGACAUUUUAUUUAAGAAACAAAAGAUGCCAUGCUACUUGGAAAACUGCAAAAAAAAAAAAAAAAAUGACUUGGUGUAUAUAAUAUAAGGGCAUGCCUGUUUAGUUCCCACAUUAUCUAUUUCACUGGUGCGGUAUAAGACCAUGUGUGUUAGAUUUCCAUAUUGUUCAUUUCACUUCACUAAUAGUAAUAGAAAAAUUUCAAAAGAAAUGAAUAUACAAAGUAAAACUAAAGUCAUUUCCCACAGAUAUCAACCAAAUGCAAUUGUGAUGCUGCAUGAGUGAGUCUGUCAUUAAAGAAUAAAUAUAUUCUGUGGUAUAUUUAUUCACAGGAAUAGAACUCUGGUAGAAUUACCAUGCUUUAGUUUUGUUAAGAUUGAACUCUGGGAUAUAACUAAAAGCUAGUUUUUGUGUACACAUUUCUUCUCUUUUCCAGGAUAGCAUUUUGUUGCUAACUCAGAUGCUGUGCUUCUGAUACUAUUCAAAUUGGGAAAUCUGUAUUACUGCUAAUUAAAGGCUAUUUAAUGAGUGGAUCCAUAUAAUUGGUACUGAGGUUUCAUGCCCCAAUCCCUGAGUGUUUAUGUACUAGUAAUGGCCCUUGUUCAGUGCAUGUCUUUAUCAGUGUGCCUCUUGAUCCUUUGUGUGAAAAUAGACCAGCUGUUCAUAACUAACAUUUCAACUGUCUAAUAAAAGCAAUUUGAAGAAGAA